AUGAGGAUCUUUCAGGUGGUGCUGCUGUUGGUGGUGCCCUUCACGGUCAGCCACUUGUACAACUACGGAACGUUGAACUGCAGGAAGUGGAAUGUUAGAAACUAUUCUGAACAGGUAAAGUGGAGAAUGCUUAACGGGGAAGACGGUGAGAAUAUUCUACCAAGUGGUAAUUCACCAGAUGGAAGAAAUGAUGAGCAUAGUGUGAAUGAACAAAUCUCACGUCCAGUCCUAAGUAAACGGGUUGAGUUUAUUGAUAAGGAAACGGGGGAAAGUAUACUUGUAGAUUUGGAGCAGUUAGGUAGGAACAAUUCUCAUCAUAUCACGGAUGGGGAAUCCUCUUUGCGUGGCAGAAAUAUCACGGAUGUGCCUGCUGAGGAAGAGACAGGAAAAAUGUUGCAGGAAAAUGGUAGGGGAGUAGAGGGAACUGCUUCAAGUUCGAUGGAGAAAAAAACAGUUGAUCCUGGAAGCGAUGUGAGGGAUCUUAUACAACAUAGAGAAGAAGAAAAGGAGGACGAAUCGAAAAGAAGCAUACAAGGUAAUGCGGAGGAGGAACUAAAGAGCACACUAAUUGACACAAAGGUAACCAUGAAGGAUAAAGGGUCGAACCUGCUUAGAAGUUUAUUUAGCCAAAUUAAUUAUGUGCAAAGUAUUGGGGAACUGCUGAAAGUGACUGAUGAAGGGGGGAGACAGUCCUUAGGAAGAAGCAUCCUUUCAAAAGCAGAAAGGGAAAGGGAAAAUGCUCCACCUGGUGACAUUUGGGGGGGAAAUAACCCAAAGGGUGAGACAAAGAUGGACCUUCCCAACGGAACUAAGAACGAUGAAAUGAUAAAAGGAUAUGCAAAUGUACUGUUAAACGAAAGGAAGAACGUCUUGAAGACAAAUGUUCGUAACUUUCUAAGCAGAGUUUUUAAUCUAAUCGUUCGCGAAAAGCUAAUGACGCGCAUGUGCCACGGGGGGGAGCAGCAGAAUGGGGCGGACAAGUCGAAGGGUGUGGAGUGUGCUAAAAGGAAAACUGGAGACUGCAACGGGGGGAAGGCACCCACGCCGGGUGCAUCCACUGAUCCAAGCAGCAAUCCAACUGUUGAUCCAAGGGGCGAUCCAGAGAACUGUGGCCUGCCCAAACUGAGUGCAACGAAGUUUUACCAAUCGCAAGACCUUUACAACUACUACAAUUCCCUCGAGGAAAUGCUGAAAAGCAGAAGCAUUCGCUGGAAAACAGAUCGAGUAUCAAGGUACUUCACCUUCUACCCGAGCAAAAAAAUAAAAGACAACGUGGAAGAUGUGAUGGAGAAUAAGAUAUUCAUAGAAUCCGUUAGAAGCAUCUUAUUCGACUCACAUGAGAAGAAGGAACAAACUGUUUACACAAGUUUUGCCGUAGUUGUUGAGACGCUAUUUUCCUUAAUAAAGGAAGAGAAGGUAAUUGCUGACAUGCAUUCUUAUGUGAAUUUAUUUUUCCAAGAUUUAGGCAUUCUAAACGUGAAGGUGUUGAAUUUUCUCAGAAACUCUUCAACCGAAAAUUCUAAUUUUUUGGGGCCCCUGGACGACCUAUCCUUAGCAAACUUUGAAUAUAUUUUGGCGAAGAUAUAUUCUCGCUCCGUUUUGGCUAACAUUUUAAGCACAAAAAUGAACCAUGCGGAUUCUAAAAAAUUGUCAAAGUUUCUCAUGAGCAGGAACAACGAUUUGAAGUUUACUUUUCUCGAGAAGGUGGAAAUUGUGAACUCUGCGAUUCCUAGUGAAGACGCUUCAGCCGUGGUGUUGAGAAAUGAGGGGGAUCAAGUGAAUGUCCCCAUCCCGGUGGCGGAUGACACGUUGUGUAAAUUUAUUCCCAUUAGGAAGAAACUACUGUACGAAAAACUGAGCCUCACGAGGAAAGUCGCCGAAGAAGUAAUCCUGGAUUACCUGUUCCGAUUACUGAUAAGGAAGGUGCAUGAAUAUGUCUUGGAGUGA